CAAUCAUUUGAUCUCUCAUUUGAUUAAACAAUGACUCUUCUCAUCUCUAAGUCUCUCUUUCUUCUUAUGUUCCUCUUCUUUUUCAACAUAUGUCUCUCUUUUAGUAUUCCUAGUGAGUACCCAACUCUGAGUGAUGAUAAUGUUGAGGAAUUAGACAAGUUCACUUCCGAGGAAGACAUUCGUGAGCUAUUCCGAAUGUGGCAGAAGAAAUACGAACGAGAAUACGGAUCAAGAGAUGAGAAGGAAAACAGAUUUGAGAUCUUCAAAAGCAAUUUCAAGUACAUCGUGGAGAAGAAUGCCAAGACAGCAUCCUAUCGUUUGGGUUUGAAUCAGUUCUCAGAUUUGACUUUCGAGGAAUUCAGCAAAACAUACUUGGGCCAUCAGCAACCCAUAAUUGAAGACAACAUCAACGAUGAUGAGAACAUGGAAUCCGACAACGAUUUCUGUCCAGAUGCACCUGCUUCUAUUGAUUGGAGGGUCUUCGGAGCUGUAACUCAUGUUAAAAACCAAGGCUCGUGUGGAAGCUGUUGGGCAUUCUCUACUACAGGAGCCAUUGAAGGAAUAUACAAAAUAGCCACAGGUAAUCUUGUCAACGUCUCCGAACAACAACUUAUGUCUUGCGAGCCAUAUAACUUAGGCUGUGAAAAGGGAGGGUGGUACACAAGAGGAUUUGAAUAUGUCAUACAAAAUGGAGGCAUUGCCUUAGAAAAAGAUUAUCCAUACACAGCCAAAGAUGGUACAUGUGAUCACGAAAAGGAAAAAUUGAUAGCUGCUACUAUUGAUGGCUAUGUAAAUAAGACAUACAGAUCAGAAAGUGCUCUCUUCUGUGCCGCUGCUAAGCAGCCAGUCAGUAUUUCUGUCAAUGUUACGAGAGAUUUCUCGUCCUACCAGCAAGGAAUCUUUGAUGAUGGCAUCAUCCGCGAAGAACGACCAUGUAAAGUUAAUCAUGCUGUGUUGCUCGUUGGAUAUGGUUCAAUUUUCGACCAACAUUAUUGGAUUGUGAAGAACUCGUGGGGGCACUCAUGGGGACAAGAUGGCUACAUCUUCAUCAGAAGAAACCCUAAUGUCCCUGACGGAGUAUCCAACAUAAAUUGCUUUGCUGCUUACCCAACCAAACGUCUUGAGCUGCCACUUGAUUCUGCUAUAUAAAGCAGGUCGAAGCAAUUCUAUAUGAUAAAGCCACUUUAUAUGUCUAGCUAGUUAUAAGUGUCUUUGACAUGAAUAAAUGGCAUAUCACUUGCCUUAUUUGAAUAAAGCUUUGUCAACUCUAUUAUAUAUGUAAGCUUUGAGAAUAAAUGCUCUAUUUGUGAUAGAGCUUUUCUUGAAACUUGUGUGUUAUUCCUAAUAAAAAACUUGUGUCCCUCAAUAUUGUCAUGGA